AUGCCGAUUGGUUGCUGCCGCUCUUCUUUCCCGAGUGCGUGUAGUGGCUGGCCGAAUGCGUCGCCCGGUGUUCCCCGUGCAGUCGUCUAACGCGCACACAAUGGCUCCUCAGCGGCGAGCGGGUUCCAGGACUCCAGAGAGUGGCGGGGCUGGUGCAGGCAGUCGGGCAGAGGAACAACGCCGCCGCCUUCUCCUCAGCAGUGUUACAAAAGGGAAUGCCCAGAAAGAUUCACGGCGAAAGUGGCUGAAAGUGGCAUUCCUGCUCUCAUCUGCUAUGCUUGGCUAUCUCCUGAGUGGGAGCUACUUGUUUGGUGAAGAUGGAGUUACAGAAGUAUUGGCCCAUCACAGUGAAAGCCUACAAGACAAAUUCAUUGAAGUGCCCUGUUCAGAAGACUAUAACAGCCACAAACGUUUUGAAGGUUGCACUCCUCGGAAGUGUGGAAGAGGAAUAACAGAUGCCAUAAUCAACAGGGAGGAAGCUGAGAGAAUCCGUAGAAUAGCAGAGAAAGGACUGUCCUUGGGAGGAUCGGACGGAGGGGCUUCAAUUCUGGAUUUGCACUCUGGAGCUCUUUCUUUGGGAAAGCAUUUUGUAAACAUGUACAGAUACUUCGGUGAUAAAAUCCAUGAUAUUUUUACAGAAGAGGAUUUUCAGUUAUAUCGUGAUGUGAGGCAGAGAAUUCAACAAAAAAUAGCUCUCACUUUUGGUAUCCACGCCUCUUCUAUGUAUUUGACAAAGCCAACCUUCUUCUCCAGAAUAAACAAUUCAGAAGCUAAGACAACCCAUGAUGAAUACUGGCACCCACAUAUUGACAAGGUGACAUAUGGCUCUUUUGAUUACACUUCGUUGCUGUACCUCUCAGACUACACAGAACACUUUGGCGGUGGGCGGUUUGUCUUUAUGGAUGAAGGCGCAAACAGGACUGUAGAACCUCGAACAGGCCGGGUUUCCUUCUUCACUUCUGGCUCUGAAAACCUCCAUCGUGUGGAAAAGGUCCAUUGGGGCACCCGCUAUGCCAUCACAAUUUCCUUCACCUGUAAUCCUGACCAUGGUAUUGGGGAUCCAGUUUUAACAUAAUGGGACAGGUGGCCUGAUGGAUUUGACAAGAGAAGUCCUGUAUGGGAAAGAGAGAAAGAUUAACUUCCCAUGUAAAUUCAAUUCCCACUCUUCUGAACUUAAUUUAAUAUAAUCAUAAGCUAUUUCACACACUCGUCUCCCUCUUAAGUGUUGCAAACAGUGCCUUAAGAAUCGUCUUUCUAGGUCUCCUGUAAGUUUGCUUUUGUAAGGCAAUAGCAAAAGUGCUGCUUCCCACCCUCCAGCAUUUAAGGGCCCUCCAGAACUGGUCAUAUAGAGGGUUAUUCCUCUAAUACUGGAGACCAACAUAUUAGUCCCUUUAGUCCCUUCAGUUGUUGUUACCAAAACAUCAUUUGCAGUAACCCAUGAAACACUAUACCCUUUGUAGGCAAAUGAACACUCAGGAAUAUAUAGUAUAGGAAGAUUUAGAGCGCUCUGUAGUAAUCUUUCCAGGCCUUUCUCCUCAUCUCACCCCCACUCCUCCUUUCUGCUGUGAUAUGUAAAUCCUAAAAAAUAGGGGUAACCAAUUCAUAGUCUUGAGCAUCUGCACAUUUACACAAACCAGAAUGAAAACACUCUGUUUAUACAUAAACUUAGACCAUAUAACUUUGUGGGCAUUAUCCAUAUAUGUUUUUGCUUAAACAUUGCAAUGUAAUUUCUCCUUAAAACAUGUGCUUUAACUACUGGAAUUGAGUGUAGUUCCUCUAUAAAACUCUAUAUAGUGAGAUGAUCUCAUAUGGCUGAAGAAAAUAAGAGUGUUCAGGAUAAAACUACUGAAUAACCUGCUUAAUUGUGGGUCAGCAGCACUCUGGCUAGUCAUAGUGUGCUUGCAAAAAGCUGUCUCCUUUGAUUCUGAGCACAUCUUAGAUUUGAAAUAUUCCAGUGAUCUCAGAAUCCAUUAAAGCUUGCUUUAGAAUGAACUCUUUAACUUGAUUGCAUUGGUUAUUCAUCCAAGGCAUAUUUGAAAAUACGUUCAAUGAAGAGCCAAGUUUUCCUCAUGUGAAUAAGAAAUGGGUUGAAUUUAAGAAAAACUUUACAAAUGAAACAUCAUUGCCAAUGAAACCAAAAUGAUUUGAGUCACAUUCCACUGCAGGUCUUGAAGUAUUUCAAGAAGUAUUGUGUUAAACCAAGGUGAAGAGAGUCUACAUAUUACAUUCCUUGAGGUCAAAAUUUAGAAGCCUACAACUCUGAAAAAUCAUGUUAAUUGUGUGAGAAAAUUUUAUACUAUGGAUACAUAUAUGCCACUUUUCCACAAAAGUUCCCAAAGUGGUUUUACAUAGAUAUAAACAAACAAACAAAAUGGCUCCAAGUCACCAAAGUGCUCACAAUCUAAAAUAAAUAAAUAAGAGAGACACCAGCAACAGCCACUGGAGGGAUGCUGUGCUAGGAUUUGAUAAGGCCAGUUGCUUCUAAAUAAAGAGAAUCACCACUUUUAAAAGGUGCCUCUUUGUUCAGUUUCUAUAAAUUGGAAGCCUCACUGUGCAUCCUGUCACUAUACUAUGAAGUACAUUUAUUAUUAUUAUUAAUAUUAAUAUUAAUUUAUUUAUUUACAUUUAUAUCCCGCUUUUCCUCCAAGGAGCCCAGAGUGGUGUACUACAUACUUGAGUUUCUCUUUCACAACAACCCUGUGAAGUAGGCUAGGCUGAGAGAGAAGUGACUGGCCCAGAGUCACCCAGCUAGUUUCAUGGCUGAAUGGGGAUUUGAACUCGGGUCUCCCCGGUCCUAGUCCAGCAUUCUAACCUCUACACCAUGCUGGCUCUCUUUUAUCACAGAGGACAUGCGCUUGUUGCAUAACACUAAGGUAGGGCUGCUUGUGUGAAGUGCCAGGAUUGUGGCCAAUUCCGGCGCUGCCCCUCUGGGGGGCCUGAGGUUUUUACCCAGGCUUUUCCCCAGGUAAAAGGAUGUGAGUGUGCCCUUGCACAGUGCCUUGCGCGAUUUCUGGAGGCCGGGCUGCCCUUGCUAACUGGGCAAAGAGGCAGCUUUUACUGUGAUGAUUCUCUUUAUUUAGCGGGGGGGGGGUAACUGGUCCUGUCCACCCCCAGCACAGUACUUCCUCCAGUGACUGUUGCUGGUAUCUAUCUCGUGUUUCUUUUUAGAUUGUGAGCCCUUUGGGGGCAGGGAUCCAUCUUAUUUGCUUGUUAUUUCUCUGUGUAAACUGCCCUGAGCCAUUUUUGGAAGGGCAGUAUAAAAUAAUAAUAAUAAUAAUUUCCCCUGCCUCCAGAUGGCCACGCAGCUCCCAGCAGAGCCGCUUGUGUGGGUAUGUGAGCUGUGCAGCCAGGAGCAGCACAGCGAUCAUCUGGGGGGAAGGUAGGAGCUAUCCUGCCUCCUUCCACGCCCCAAUUAAAGGUUUUGUGAAUUUUGUGUCAAAUGGCAUGGUUAUGUUUAUGACAUAUAAUGAAAAAGAUCGGGCACUUUUUUGCAAACAAGUGCUCAGGAUUAUAAGAUGCUGAAUGCAUCUCAAACUGAAGUGUGUUAAAUCCAUCCAACACUGCCUGCUAUGCACAAUUCAGGAUGCUUGCCCUUACUUCAAGUAUUUCUGGAUCAGAGACGGAAGAAGCAGACGUAUAUUUUGGAGGAACUGUCUUUUCUUUCUGAACGAAAAAGCACUUAGAAGGAAAGAAUAGAUGCAAAUAAGGAGCAUAGUUGCCUAUAAGACACGGAAUAAGUUUACUGCCACACAACUGCAUGAAGUAAAUCAAGAUACAAACCAUAUUGUGAUCCUUCUUACCCUGAUCCUGUAAAUAUUUAUAGGACUGGAAUAAAUGCUAAAUUCUGGUAUUUUUUUGACUGAAUUGAGAAAUUGCAGAAAUGAUUGCUGCACUAAUGCACAGAAAAAUAAGAGGAAAACCAAACAUCCUGUAGCAAAGUGAUUUAUUUUAAGAAAGUUACUCUAUGCACUUCAAGUUUGCUGCUCUUUUCAAGGGUAUUACUUUUUGCAACUUCUUCCAUGAAGAAAAAGAUAGUAUCUUUAGGGAAACAGCAGCAAAUUUGAAAAGUGUUGAAUAACUUCCUAAAAACGCAAUCAGUCUUCUAUGCACCUUUGAAUAUUUUCCUCCUAUUCUAUGACUUGCUUUGCUUCAGAAUUUCUGAAUAAAAGGGAAAUAACGUUCAAUAUUUUGAAAGAUUUCAUAUUUUCUAAAGGGUAUAAAGCUUUGUAUUUGACACUCCCACACAUUCUGCACUCAUAAAUACUAAUUAGGAAAGUGUUUUCUAUAAUGGUAUUUAAUGUAGCUCAAUAGAAAGAACAAAUAACUGGUGUCGUAACUGCCAUUCUUGUUAAUACCAUCCAAGCUCCAUUGAUAUAAAAUCCUUGAGGAUGUACAAAUCAUAAUCAACUACUUAAACAGUUGUGUUACCUUAAGUGUUUUAUCUUGAUGCUUAAUGGAUGCUUUAGAAUAGAGUGAAGGAAGCAAAUGUGUUUCAUCAGUAGCUCCCCCCACCUUUCACCAGCCAUUUGUUUGUUGUAUUUAAGAUUCUGGGAAAUCAUUUUUUUUUAAUCAGAUAUUUUCCUUUUUCAGAUAAAUAAAAAAUAGCUUAUCUGGAGUUAAAAUUAUAAUAUUGCUGAAAUUCCGAUGGUGUUUAGAAUUGGCUUUAAUAAUCUGGUUUAAAUAUUCUGUAAACCAUAGCCUGACCGAAAGGAAACAAGCGUGAUGGACUAUUCAAGCUGGCAUGUAAACAUGCACAGAGCAAAGUAUUUUGGAAUAUGGAUUAACUCAGGGAUCCUCAACGUUGGGCCCCCAGAUGUUAGUGGACUUCAACUCCCAUAAUCCCCAACCAAAGGCCACUGGGGCUUGGGAUUAUGGGAGCUGAAGUCCACUAACAUCUGGGGGCCCAACGUUGAGGAUCCCUAGAUUAACUUAUUCCAGAACAUCUGGGGAUUUGUAAGAAUCUGAACAGGAGAAAACCUGUUCUGCUUUGGAGUUAAAGUGCAAGAAAUGCUGAUAUCUCAAACUGUUUUAAGAAUCCACUUGGAAUUGUAGCUAGCUGUCAGUAAUGACUGAGUGGGUGACUUACUGCUGGGUCAGCCUUGAAGUGCUUUGGUUUAAGGGAAUUAAAAAUGCAUUUUUAAUGGAUUUUGCUGUGAUAAAGCAUCGUCAGUCACUUUUUGCCCAAGGGGUUUUUCGUACUGUAAAUAACGAAGCUUCACAGCUACAAAACUGCAACAGGGGAACAAAUCCGAAUCUUUCAUGCUGUCUGAAUUCACUAAAGGAAGAAAAGGUCCUCCUCAGUGUUCCCUCUAAGGCGUGCAUGUGUGUGCGCGUGUCCACUCAGUUGAUUUUAGAUCCUGCUCAAGUUGAAUCAGGAAGGUUGCAUUCUGAAUGUACGUGUGCACACACUGCCUUGAUACUGCCACAAACUUCAUUCUGCGCACAGAUGGAAAAAAUUAGAAGGAACACUGGUCCUGCUAGAAAAGCAAAGUAUAGAAUCUAACAUGGCCGAUAACGUUUUGCCCACAUUGUUUUCAAACAUAGCAAGGAAGUUCAGAGGGCCAGUGCAGCAAAAGCAAAGGAUGAAGGACCAAACUAUAUAUGUAUGAGAGGGAAGAGCUAACCUUCUCGGCUGCUGCCCCGAGAUUGUGGAAUGCGCUCCCUGCUGAGAUACGAUCCUCCCUAUCUCUGGCAAUUUUCAGAAAACACCUGAAAACACAUAUCUUCAACCAGGCUUUCCCAGCUUUUUAAAGCUUGUUUUUAAAUUGUUCUGAUGAUUUAAUUGUUGUUUUAUGUUUUUAAUUGUUAGUCAUUGUUUUAUGCUUUAUAAUUUGUUUAAUUAUUAAUUGAUUUUAAUGGUGUUUUAAUGUAAACCGCCCUGAGCCUUUUGGACGGGCGGUAUAAAAUGUUUAAUAAUAAAUAAUAAAUAAAUAAUAAAAUAAAUAAACCUC